AUGCUGAUUUAUUUAGUUAUUGCAAUCAGUCCAUUUGCACUAUACUUUUACUUUGUAUUUUUUAUUCCGUUAUUGGGAAUAUUUUUUAAUAGAAGUAUGUUUAAUUUGCUAAUAGUUUUCUUUUUAUGUUUUAUGUCUUUAGGAACAACAAUAUUAAGGGUUGAUUUGUUUGGGAAAAUAUGUGAUAUAUUAUUCAAUAUUAGUUCUGGUAACAUGAAUCUUCUUAGAAGUGGAAUGCGGAUAUUUAUUAUGGCUUAUAUUGUUUUAAUAACUAAUUUAAGCUUUAAUGUUGAUUAUUAUGUUUCAAAUCUAAAAAAAGCGAAUGUGAAUGGUUUUUAUAAUAAAACUGUACAUGAUUUUUUAUAUAAGAGGUUUACUUAUCCUUUUAUUGUGAAAGAAUAUGUUAAUACUCUUAAAAUAUUCAUUCCUUAUAUAUUUGAAUUGUUACUUGCUUUCUUUAUUAUUCCUAUGAUAAUUUAUAAAAUUUCCAGGGUUUAG